AUGCCAGCCAUUCAGCCAAACUCGCAUGUCCUCGUCACCGGCGGCUCCGGCUUCAUCGCCAUCUGGACCGUCUACCAGCUCCUCGAACGUGGUCACAAGGUGCGUGCUACCGUCCGCUCCGACGACAAGGGCAAGUAUCUCCAGGACGUCUUCAAAAAGUAUGGCGACAACCUGAGCUACGCCAUCGCCGAAGAUCUCGAGAAGGAAGGUGCCUUCGACGACGCCGUCAAGGGCGUCGACGCCGUCCUCCAUACCGCCUCGCCUUUCCACUUCAACGUCGAAGGCGAUCCCAAGCGAACGCUCAUCAACCCCGCCGUCAACGGUACCAGGAAUGUGCUCUCCUCCAUCCUGAAGCACGGCAGCAACGUCAAGCGCGUCGUCAUCACCUCCUCCUUCGCUGCCAUCCUCGACUCGACCCGCCAAGGUCACAUCGUGUAUACCGAAAAGGACUGGAACAUCUCCAGUGUCGAGAACGUCGAAAAGAAGGGCAAGGAUCAGGAGGCUCCUGACGCCUACCGCGCUUCCAAGACUAUGGCCGAGCGUGCUGCCUGGCAGUUUGUCGACGAGAACAAGCCUAGCUGGGACCUCGUCACCGUCAACCCUCCUCUCGUCUUCGGUCCCAUCCUCCACCAGGUCGCUUCUCCCGAAAAGCUCAACACCUCGGUUGGAUUUGUGUGGGGACUGCUGCACGGCUCGAAGAAGGAGGACGAUCUGCUUGCUCCCGCCGGUAACUGUGUAGACGUGCGCGAUGUCGCCUACGUACACGUAGAGUCUCUGGUCCGCGAAGAUGCCGGUUCCAACCGCUUCGCAACCUCGCUCGGCCCCUUCGUCUACCAGGACGUCGUCGACGUCAUCCACAACGAUAGCAACGUGCCCGCCGAAUGGAAGAAGCAGGUGCCCACCGGUAAGCAGGGCGCCGGUUCGUCGGUCAAGCAGAACGAGCUCGAUGGUUCCAAGGCUAGCCGCGUGCUCGGUCUCAACUACAUCGAACUCAAGGACGUUGUUCAGGAUAUGGUCGCCAGUUUGGCCGAUUACGAGAAGCGCGGUUGGUCUGGCGUGCCCUCCUCCGAUAUUCUCUCGCUCACCAAGCACUAA